CGGGGGCGGUGGCCGGACGGGCGCUGAGUUCCGGGCGCGCGGAGACCGUUGGGGCUUUGUGGUGUGUGGGGGCGCAGUUCUCAUGGCUGCAGCCAGCGUGACCCCCCCUGGCUCCCUAGACCUGCUGCAGCCAGGCUUCUCCAAGACCCUCCUCGGGACCAAGCUAGAGGCCAAGUACCUGUGCUCAGCCUGCAGGAACGUGCUACGGAGGCCCUUCCAGGCCCAGUGCGGCCACCGCUACUGCUCCUUUUGUCUCUCCAGCAUCCUCAGCUCUGGGCCUCAGAAUUGUGCUGCCUGUGUCCAUGAGGGCAUCUACGAAGAAGGCAUUUCUAUUUUAGAAAGCAGCUCGGCCUUUCCAGAUAAUGCUGCCCGCAGGGAGGUGGAGAGCCUGCCAGCCGUCUGUCUCAGUGAUGGGUGCACCUGGAAGGGAACCCUGAAGGAAUAUGAGGCACAUCGUGACAUCUGCCCUGAGUUCCCACUGGCCUGCGACGGUUGCGGGAAGAGGGUCCCUCGGGAUGAGCUCCAGGACCACAUCAGGACAUGUGGCAAGUGCCCCGUCCCCUGCAGAUUCCACGCCGUAGGCUGCUCCGAGGUGGCGGAGGCUGAGGACCUGCAGGAACACGAGGCACAGCGGCUGCGGGAGCACUUGGCGCUGCUGCUCAGCUCACUGCUGGAGGCCCGGGCGCCCCCGGGGGCCCCCAGCCAGCUCGAGCCAGAGCUGCUGCAGCGGUGCCAGGCCCUGGAGCGGAAGAUAGCCACCUUCGAGAACAUCGUCUGUGUCUUAAACCGGGAAGUGGAGAGGGUGGCCAUGACCACGGAGGCCUGUAGCCGACAGCACCGGCUAGACCAGGAUAAGAUUGAAGCCCUGACCAGCAAGGUCCAGCAGCUGGAGAGGAGCAUCGGCCUCAAGGACUUGGCCAUGGCUGACCUGGAGCAGAAGGUCCUGGAGUUGGAGGCGUCCACCUAUGACGGGGUCUUCAUCUGGAAGAUCUCCGACUUCGCCAGGAAGCGCCAGGAAGCCGUAGCCGGCCGCACGCCUGCCAUCUUCUCCCCAGCCUUCUACACGAGCAAGUAUGGCUACAAGAUGUGUCUGCGAGUGUACCUAAACGGGGACGGCACGGGGCGCGGCACGCACCUCUCCCUCUUCUUUGUGGUGAUGAAAGGCCCCAACGACGCCCUCCUCCGGUGGCCCUUCAACCAGAAGGUGACGCUGAUGCUGCUGGAUCAGGACAACCGUGAGCACGUGAUCGACGCCUUCAGGCCUGACGUGACCUCCUCCUCCUUCCAGCGGCCCGUCGGCGACAUGAACAUUGCCAGCGGCUGCCCCCUCUUCUGCCCUGUGUCCAAGAUGGAGGCCAAGAACUCCUACGUGCGCGACGACGCCGUCUUCAUCAAAGCCAUCGUGGACUUGACAGGGCUCUGACCGCCCCAGCCAGAAACAGCUGCGCAGCUGGAGCCCGCAUGGGGCAAGACCCUGCUGGACAAGGCGCCAGGAGGCCUCGGCCGGUGACCCAGCGCCCUGACACGUGCAAGGAGCCGCCGGCAGAGACCGUGGAGGCCCUGGAGAAGGUCCCGCACAGGCCUCUCGCCGCUCCCCUCGCCAGCCUCUGUGCAGGGGGGGCCAGGGGCAGCCAGAAGGCGGGCCCUGCUCCC